GGUGUGCGCGAGAAGAGAAAUGGAAGUAAAGAGAGGAGGGGGACGCUUGAAGAAGGAUGCUGUGUAGUAGGGUUGCGCUCGUAGCCUACUACGUCAGCCAUCCUGGUGCACAUCACAGGGACUGGGUGAACAGCCACGGACCAAUUUUCAGUCAACCGGAUUUUACAUCUUUUGCUUUUUGACGGAGUGCCAUUCUAUAAAAAAAAGACAUAUAUAAAUCAAGGUUUAACACCUGAAACACCUUGAUCUCAUUUCACUCAAGGUCGCUGCCCUAACUGUAUUCCUACCGAGUAAAGAGAGGAAGAGGGGAGCUGUCCAGGGUGCUGAAUUCCAGAUCUGUAGAAAUCCACAUUGCCCAUUCAUGCGCCUGGGCCAUUCCUGAUCCCUCAGAUUCCUAGCAGAAACCAAGCAGCUCCACAUCCAAAAUGGACGACGGCUCGUACCGAGACGGGCGGACGGACUUCAUCCGUGGUGCCAAAGACAUCGCCAAAGUGGUCAAGAAGCAGGCGGGUAAAAAGGUUGGCCGGGGUGUGGACAAAAUGGCCGACGAGUACACCAAACGCUCGUACAAGCGCUUCGAGGAGGACGACGACGACGAUGACUACCCCGGAGCCCAGGACCAGGACGGCGGCGGCUACUACCGCAACGACAGCCGGGCCAACGACGACGAGGGCGGCCACAGUGACUCCACGGAGGGCCACGACGAAGACGACGAGAUCUACGAGGGCGAGUACCAGGGCAUCCCGCGGGCCGAGUCGGGCAAGACGGGCCCCGUGGACGGUGUGGCGGGCGCCCAAGCCCAGCUCCGGGACCUGUCGCAGUACGAGGGCGAGCGCAGGAAGGACCAGGAGGAGUUGGCGGAGCAGUACGAGACCAUCCUGCAGGAGUGCGGUCACGGCAAGUUCCAGUGGACGCUCUACUUUGUGCUGGGCCUGGCACUGAUGGCCGACGGCGUGGAGAUCUUCGUGGUGGGCUUCGUGCUGCCCAGUGCCGAGAAGGACAUGUGUCUGUCCGAGCCCAACAAAGGCAUGCUGGGUCUGAUCGUCUAUCUCGGGAUGAUGGUGGGGGCUUUCGUGUGGGGGGGUCUCGCUGACAGGAUUGGCCGGCGACAGACUCUCCUCAUCUCCCUCUCCAUCAACAGCGUGUUUGCCUUCUUCUCCUCCUUUGUCCAAGGAUACAGCUCCUUCCUCUUCUGCCGUCUGCUCUCCGGCGUGGGUAUCGGUGGCUCGAUCCCGAUCGUGUUCUCCUACUACUCAGAGUUCCUCGCUCAGGAGAAGAGAGGAGAGCACCUCAGCUGGCUCUGUAUGUUCUGGAUGAUUGGUGGCAUCUAUGCCUCUGCCAUGGCCUGGGCCAUCAUACCUCACUAUGGCUGGAGUUUCCAGAUGGGCUCGGCAUACCAGUUCCAUAGCUGGCGUGUGUUUGUGUUGGUAUGUGCCUUCCCCUCUGUGGCGGCCAUCUCUGCCCUCACCACCAUGCCAGAGAGUCCUCGCUUCUUCCUGGAGAACGGGAAGCAUGACGAGGCGUGGAUGAUCCUGAAGCAGGUUCAUGACACCAACAUGAGGGCAAAGGGCUACCCUGAGAGGGUCUUUUCUGUGACCACCAUCAAGACGGUUAAGCAGAUGGAUGAGCUGGUAGACAUGGGCGAGGGCACCGCCUGGCACCAGAAGUGGAAGAUGAAGCUGACUGCCCUUUUCAAUCAGGUGUGGAGUAACUUCCUGACCAUCUUCUCUCCUGAGUACCGCCGCACCACCUACAUGAUGAUGGCAGUGUGGUUUUCUAUGUCCUUCAGCUACUACGGUCUGACUGUGUGGUUCCCUGACAUGAUCAAGUACCUUCAGAAGCAGGAGUACUCUUCUCGCACCAAGGUCUUCAUCAAGGAAAAGGUGGAACACGUUACUUUUAACUUUACCCUGGAGAACCAGGUGCACCGCAACGGAGAGUACUUCAACAACAAGUUCAUGAACCUGAAGAUGAAGUCCAUGGUAUUUGAGGAUUCUCUGUUUGAGGAGUGCUACUUUGAAGACAUAACCUCCAGCAACACAUUCUUUAAAAACUGCACAUUCAUUGCCACCCUCUUCUACAACACAGAUCUCUUCAAGUACAGGCUGAUCAACAGCAGACUGGUCAACAGCACUUUCCUCCACAACAAGGAAGGUUGCAUGCUCAGUGAUUUCAGUGAUGAGAACAAUGCCUACAUGAUCUACUUUGUCAGUUUCCUGGGCACCCUGGCGGUGUUGCCCGGCAACAUCGUCUCAGCGCUGCUCAUGGAUAAGAUUGGACGCCUAAGGAUGUUAGCUGGCUCCAGUGUGAUCUCCUGUGUCAGCUGUUUCUUCCUGUCGUUCGGCAACAGCGAGUCGGCCAUGAUUGCUUUGCUCUGUCUUUUCGGGGGUAUCAGCAUCGCCUCGUGGAACGCCCUGGACGUGCUGACAGUGGAGCUUUACCCCUCUGAUAUAAGAACCACAGCGUUUGGAUUCCUUAACGCCCUCUGUAAAUUGGCAGCUGUUUUGGGGAUUAGUAUCUUCACCUCCUUCGUGGGCAUCACCAAGGCCGUCCCCAUCCUGUUUGCGUCGGGGGCUCUGGCGGCUGGGAGCUUCCUAGCGCUCAAGUUACCAGAGACACGGGGUCAUGUGCUCAAAUAGUGUGGCACCGCCCCCAGGGGGUAACCAUUAGGAGGGGGGGGGGGCAGAAGAGUUAGCCACACUGUGAACAAGCGGCCCAAAAGCCCCUCAAACUCUACCCAGUAAGCCCCAGAAAAUAAAACUAGAAAGGGUCUGUUCACAGGCAUCAGACUGCAUGCAGUUACUGCACAGAUCUGCGUAAGUUGUAUAGCAAAUUGCCUGAUACUGGAAUUAGUGUUUAGAUAUUCAGGUCUCUGAAGCUGUGCAGCAACUGCUUAUACCAGAUACCUGUGAAUAAACUCCAAGUCAUAAAGGGAAGUGCAACCAAACUACGCCCAAAAAGCCAACAAGAUGCUCAUUCAUGAUUGGUUGUACUGUAAAUAAGAACAAAAUUGAACAGUGUUUGUGGUCAUUAGAGUUACUGAGUGUGUGUAGUUUUUUCUUGAUACAGUUGUGAAAGGAUUUUUUGAAAAAGCUUAGUUUAGAUGCACUUUCCUUGUUGUAAACACAUGCAUCUGGGGUCCAAAAGGGUAGGGAUUGGGGGCUUUGAUAAUUAACCAUGCAAAAUAUCCCCCUUCCACCUACA